AUGAAUAGCACUGUAAAUAAGUCAAAUGGAGAUGAUUUAAAGCAUUUAAAAAAAAAAUCUAAUAUUCUUCUAUCAGAAGAACUUCCUCCUGGCUGGACGGCACAUUUGGCACCGACUGGUCAUCUAUAUUAUUUUCACAAAGCUACACGGAAGUCAACGUAUAUUAGGCCAUCAGUAGAUACUCCUGCAGCAGCAGCACAAGUUAUUGUUCCUCCACCGCCGCCGUUGCCGUCACCUCCAAUUCAAUCGGAUCAGUUGGUGACUGGAUCUAGUUUUCCUAAUGUUUCUGGAAUCCCGGAACAAUUGUCAUUUUUAAGCCGGUUUUCUCGUGAAAAAGUGCAAGACAGACCAAAAUAUAGGUUUCCAAUUGCCAAUGCAAAACCUUGGGUAAGAGUAGUGACCCGACGUCGACGUCAAUUUGUACAUAAUCUGGAGACAGGAGUAUCUCUGUGGGUUCCGCCAGAAGAAGUUCUUUUAGCAAUGCAUGAAGAAGAGAAGAAUAAUAAUCCACUUAAUAGUCUUUUUGGUUACUCUGAGCAGUCAUCAAGUGAAUAUGAUAGUUCUGAUUUUACUCUUGAUAGUGAUGAUGCAUCUGAUGCUUCUAAUCCUAAUGUCUCUGCUAAUGCGUCCCAUGAUGCAUUUUUUACUACACUUGAUAAUACUGAAUAUACUGAAGACGACAUUGCUUGGCAGCUUGCAGCCAUGGAAAAUAAUGAUUUUGGUGCGGCGCCUGCACAAGAACUUUCAAAAGAUGAGAAGAUUAAACAGUUUAAAGAGAUGCUACAUGAAUUGGAUAUAAAUCCAUAUCAUCCUUGGGAUCAAGAGGUUUCAAAAAUCAUGAUGGAUCCACGUUACUUAUUGAUUGAUACUAUGAAAGAACGAAAAGAAUUAUUUGAAGCGUUUUGUAAAGAGUCUGUUGCACAACAAAAGAAAGAAGCUGAAUCUAAACCAAAAAGAAACGUAAGUGAACCUAAAAUCUCGUUUAUUGCAUUACUUCAAGAUCCUCAGACCCCUAAUAUGUAUUGGCAUGAAUUCAGAAGGAAAUUUAGAAAAGAACAAGAAUAUAAAGAGUUUGGAUUAAAUGAUAAGGAAAGAGAAAAACUUUUUCGAGCAUAUCAAGAACAAAUGAAAUAUGAUAUUAAAAAAAAAGAACAGGAUUUUCAAAUAUUGUUAAAAACUACACCGUCUGUGACUAAAGACACCACACUUCUUUCGCUUCCUGAUGAAGUGUUAAGUGAUUUACGGUAUGCUGUAAUUCCAUCAGAAAAAUUGGAAGAAUAUAUAAAUAAAUAUACACGAACUAUUUAG